AUGGGGGCGGGUGCCUUCAUAGAGCCACUCGUCGUGGUCAGUCUUCUCUUGGGCGGAACAUGGGUCAACCGCAAUCCGGCCUAUCGCAUAUCCUCACAGCACCGCAGCCGGCGCGAGCACACUCCGCAUGAGCGAUCCAGCUCCCUCGACAGCAUAGAAUCUGGUCUCUCAAGCCCUGGAGAUGAAGAUAGCCUCCUCGGUAGCUCAUCUUCGGGCGCAAGUUCCCCGUCGUUGCUAGCAGGACAAGAGCCUAAGUGGCGUAAGCGCGAGAUACGGCUGUUAGGUUUCAGGAAGGUUGUCAACACACCAAACACCAAGAUCUUUCAAGAUAGACUCUUGAGCAGGCUCCUGCAGAGGUUUCCGUUCUUGGUGGAGGCCUGGUACUGGGCGUUGAUCUACUGGGUUUACCAGCUCGGUCGCGCCUUCACAGCCGUCACUCUAGUGGAAGGCACCGUCGAAGUCGCCCGCCAACACGCCCUCCAACUCAUUCACCUCGAGCAAUCGCUACAUCUCUUUUACGAGCUCCCAAUCCAGCGCUUCUUCCUCGCACAUCCCACCCUCCUGACCUGGAUCAACCGCAUCUACUCCUUCAUCCACAUCCCUGGCACCAUCCUCUUCCUCGUCUGGCUCUACUACCACACCACAACCCGCAACCGCCUCCACCCUUCUCGCCCCGGCGCGCUUGCCAGCGAAGUCGAUGGCUCGCCCGCCGGUCCCCGUCUCUAUGAAGCCCGCCGUCGCACAAUGGCCGUCUGCAACCUCCUCGCCUUCGUCGUCUUCACGGCAUGGCCUUGCAUGCCGCCGCGGCUGCUAAGCGACAAGGACGCGGAGGGCCGCAGCGCUGACGAGGGCAGGAGCUACGGCUUCGUGGAUACGGUGCAUGGCGCUGGCGGCGAGGGUAGCGUCUGGACGCAGAAUAAGUUUUGUAAUCAGUACGCUGCGAUGCCGAGUCUGCACUUCGGAUACUCGCUCCUGAUCGGCCUCACGAUUAUGUCGAUCCCGCUGCCGCCGCGACAGCGGAGGAGUCGGGCGCUGCUGUUUGGACGCGUGAGGAUGAAACUGCCGUCGCCCAAGCGCGUGCUCCUGGUGGUUGUGGGCAUCGCGUACCCUCUAACAAUUCUGGUUGCAAUUCUGGCAACUGCGAACCACUUCAUCCUCGACGCAGUGGCGGGCGCGGCUGUGUGCGGACUUGCGUGGGCGGGGAACCGCGUGCUGCUGAACCUGCUGCCGCUUGAGGACUGGUUCCUCUGGUGCGUGAGAAUACAUAAACCUGUACCACGGGUAGUUGACGUGCUGGAGGGCGAGGUGGAUAAUGAUGACCGGGUGGUUGGCAAGGGUGUCGUCAUAUGA